AAGCCGCUACUGUUAUCCGUCGGUAUUAAAGGAGACACACUCGAGGGUUUAUUUACGGUUUGUGUGACUGCUUCAUAUCGGACAACAGCGACGUAAACCCGCCACCGUGUCUUAUUUCCGAUCCGCGACCACGCUUGAACUCAUCUGUCGAGGAUCGUAGCUUCAGUGCAAGAUGUCACACUCUAAACCCCUGCUGAUCCCGUGGUUACGCUCCCAGAUUAACAGUAAGAAGUAUCCUGGAGUCACCUGGACCAACCCAGAGCAAACAACAUUCUCCAUCCCGUGGAAAAAUGCACUGAGGCAGGAUUUUUCCAGCGCUGAUGUGCUCAUCUUCAGAGCCUGGGCAGAGGUCAGUGGUAAUGGGAAAGUUAAUGGAGACGCUUCAGUUUGGAAGAGGAACUUCCGGAGCGCUCUCCGAGCCAAAGGCUUCAAACUGCUAUCUGACAACAAAAACGACCCAGCUAAUCCCCACAAAGUGUUCCAAUGGCCAGAUGAGUCUACGUUUGGAGUGCCCAAAGCUCACCCUUCUUCUGGAUCCCAAACCAGCAUGGAUCCUGAUUUGUUUGAGGGUUGUUCCUUUUCUGCACAAGAUAGCCAGGCUGCCCAGUGCUUUGAGGACAUGUGUCUCUCAGAAGACACCAUUUUUGCAGAAUCCACUCCUGACCAGGAUAUUCUUCAGAAAUGCCUCAAAGGCCUGAACAUUAACCCUGAAACAGAGGGCAUCACAGGCUUUGAGCAUUUUCCUGAGCAGCAACAGCUUCAGAAUCACGUUGUGAUUGGUGGACAAGCGUUGCCCGAGCAACAGCAGUAUCCAGUAGCAUUUGAGGAUGCAGUCGGUGGAGCUGGGUUGCCAGAGCAACCGGCACAUCCGAUGGAUGGAGUGGUGGGAGGGGCCUGUGAUGCACAGUUGGUAGACCAAUUCCUGCAGACUAUGUCCAAGGCCAAAGAUGAAAAUCACUUUAAGACCCAGUUUCGGAUUUCUGUGUACUACAGAGGGGUGAAGGUUUCUGAGCAGCUGAUUGAGAAUGAAGGUGGAAUUCGUCUAGUCUUCAGGCCUGAACUCAACGGGCCUGUUUUUGAUCACGAGUCAGGCCUGUCCCUCGUGUCCCUGCCAAGUCCAGGAGCCAUGGUGGACCAGACCCAGGCCAGUCUGACUGGGCGCAUCCUAGAGAAGAUGGGUGAAGGUCUGGAUGUGGGGGUGUCGGGCCAUUUGGUGUAUGGGCAGCGACGGGGUGAAAUCAAAGCUUUCUGGAGCUUCUCCAAAUUUGACCAGAGCAGACAGCCCAAAGAGGUUUCAAAACUGAAGCCUGAUGUGCUCUACAUGUUCAAGGAUUUUGUGCGAGGAAUAUUGGGAUUUAUUGACGGGAAGGAGUGUCCUCCCUGCUCCCUGUUCUUAUGUCUCGGGGAGAAGUGGCCUGAUCCAGAAGGCCGGUCUUGGGAGAAGAAACUCAUCACAGUGGAGGUCGUGCUAACGUCCAUGGAGUUAGUUAAGAGUCUGGCUGUUGGAGGUGGCGCCUCCUCCCUGCAGUCUGUAGAACUGCAGAUGUCCCUUGAGGAGAUGAUGGAGAUGUACUGACAUUGCUCUGCUUAAAGGGCUCAUGUUUACUAAACUAAUGUUUACCAGUAUUAAUAAUGAUCAAAAUAUGAAUUUCAUAUUUAAAGGCUAGUCAGUCCAGGGUGUGUAUGUGCACUUGCAUGCAAGUUUCUUGUAUUACAGAUGUUUAAAAAGAGAUGUUUGAAGACAAACUCUUGGUUAGAGUGGAGACAUUUUUUUACAUACAAAGAUAAACUGUGGGACUGAGGAUAUUUAUUUAGCACAAAAUUCCAAUUAUAUAGUUUUUUUACACCUUCACAACAGGCUCUAAUUUCACCUUUCUGAAUAUGCUACAUUACCAGUGAUACCAGUUUUCUCACUGUUAGGAAAAGUCGACCAGAUGUUUGACAUCAUUCGACUGUAGCUCCGAACGUCUCGCAUCAAACAACUUGCACAUGCGUCCAAAUGUCUUGUUACAACAAAUAAAGACAGUUAAACUGCAACUACUUUUAUAUUUAUCCCACAUUUAGUUUUCAAUGCUGGAGUAAUACUGAUGUCCUUAAAGAGCAGGUGGCCUUACUUGUUCAGAUAAUAAUGCCAGUGUUCCAGAUGUUACACUGUCAUUAUGAAUGACAAAUUACACAUAGAAUCUUUACAUAAAAAAGGACAAAAAGUUGACGGCAUAAUAACAGAUCAUGUUGUCCAACAAGACAGUUUCAAGCUUAAAAGUUCCAACACACAAUGCCCUGCAAUGUGUCGCACCACACCAGGUUUAUUUUAUCCUCUUACACUGUAUUUUUGUGUACUUUUGUCUGAGUAUUUGCAAGCUAUUAAGCCGGCCACACGCUACAUGAUGAAACGAUGUGAUGGCGCCUUAUCAGCAUAAUGCAGGAGCAUGCGGCAGAAUUGGCGCCUCUAUCCACACAGCGCUGCACAGGUCCCAUAUGUGAUCAAUGCAGAACUCCAUAUUAAGAAACAAAUAUGUAAGGACAUAAUGGUUUUUUUUCCAGCACUCAAUAUGUUUCUGUGAAGGCUCUCAGUUGUCCAGGUGGUUUCCAUAGUAGAGAAGCUUGAAUCUUCAACUGGACUAGGUUGCUUGACGCGAGGACGUUUCGCUUAGCACUCAAUAUGCUACGGUGUGCACACAAAAUAAUUAUUUUGUUUAAGGUUUCAUUAAUUUGGCCACACAUAAGU